UUACUGCGCAUAAGCGGAAAGCAGAGCGGAAAGUAACCACGGAGGAAAGGGGUCCGGAGCAAGUAGAAGUUUAGUUUCGCAAUUUAGGUUUAUAACGCCACACUAAAGAUACAAAAUGCCAAGAGGUGGAGGUAGGGGCAAGAAGAGUCACAAGGGAAACCGAAGACACUUCACAUCAGAAGAUGAGAUUAAAAGGCAAAUGGAAGAUGAAAAAAUAAAAAAGCAACAACAGGGAGACAAGGAGGGUUCUGGUUCAGAUGAUGAGGGUGCUACGAAAAAGGCUGGUAGUGACGACAGUGAAUCGGAGUCUUCAGAAGACGAGGGAACCGAUCAGUUAAAAAAAGGAGUUGCUAGCCUCAUAGCUGAUGAAAUAGAAAACCCAAACAGGGUGGUACAAAAAACCAAGAAGGCUGAAAAUGUAGACCUGAGUGAACCCAAGCCAGAGCUUUCACGACGAGAAAGAGAAGAGAUCGAAAAGCAGCAAGCAAAAUUGCGUUAUCAGAAACUGCAUGCACAAGGCAAGACGACUGAAGCCAAAUCGGAUCUGGCACGGCUGGCAAUAAUCCGCAAACAGCGAGACGAGGCAGCAAAACGAAGAGAAGCAGAUGCAAAAGCAAAAGAUGUCGCCAAACCAAAGCAGACAUGAAGAAGAAAUAAAUGGAGAAGUCUAAGAAUUCUCACUCCAUACCAACCUGGGAUGCAGGAACAACGUACUGCAUAAUUUAUUACAUCGUUGGCACCCCCUUCUAAAUUUGAGUUGCAUGAAAUGAAUAGGUAUUGUUCCCUUAUCUUCAUAAUGGCACAAGUUGAACAAUGCAAACUAAUCGAAUAUUAUGUGUGUUGAUAACUUUUGCCCAAUGGUUAUAGGUGACAUACAUCUAUGAAUUAUACCAGUGAUCAUUCUAGGCAAACUUGAAAACUGUUGCUGUGUGGUAGUUGAUGUAAUCUAAAUUGUCUAAAGUGUUGUUAUUUGUGUAAAAUGAAAAUAAUGCAAUGCUUACUUGCAUGUCGUUAUGUGGUCAAUGGAUAUUCUGUAUAUCGCAGUGAAUGAGAUAUGGAUGCAAUAUUAACGAUGUCUAGGGUUUAACAGAUAAUAGAAACAAUUGGCUUUCUCAUUCAAGAAGCUACUUGUCACUUCUAUGCUCAAAAUAACUUUCCAGGUUUGCAUAAACAUUUUAGGCGCCUGUGUUUACGUAAUGAAGUUACGUAAUAAUUUUAUGUUGCCUGGAAAACUAGUCGGUUCAGUAUGGUCUGUUUUGAAGGUGGGUGAGUCGUUCGUUAUCUUUCCCAAUAUAUUUGGUUUGGUAUGUUUGUAUUUAAAAUGUGGUGCUCGCAGCUUAUAAGGGGUGUGUCAGCAAAACCAUGGUUGUACAAAUAUGAGAAAGGGGUCGGUCCUGCAAGUACUAAAUAAUUUUCUAUAUGAAAGAAUGCUUAUGUUUCAUGCUUUCAUGUUGUGUACAGCCAUAUCCCAAUUACUAUCUAGCUGUCUUUCACUAUACAUCAUUCCCUACUGCACAAAUUUUGAGUUUCUUUUACUUUUAUUGCCCACCAGAUCGUUCAGUUCAUUAUGAAUUCCUAUCCUACAAACUUAGUUUCGUCUAUUCUCAAUCCUACCCCUCGUGACAUCGCUUGUCUGCCCUGUAGUGCAAAUUUUGUUCAGUCUUUGUCCAAUUUCUUUCUGCUAUGCAGAACCUCCAAUGCACAAUUUCUACCUUUAUCUGUUCUGUACCACCAUUGCCUUAUGUGUACUUAAUAUACAUAGGUUUAAUAGACCAUGCACAGAUCAGAUAUUUUCAAUUUUCUAUAGUGAAGCUAUUUUAUUUGGUUUGCUUGGUACCUACCUUAUCAUUAUUGUGUCAAAAUUGGAAUGGCUCUUUUUCCAACUUUUCUGUGUAGUAUGUCUCUCACUUGAAAUGUGAAGAAAUUUAUUGCCAACAUCUAAAUCAUGUCAAAAGCCAAUAUUUCGAUUUUGUAAAAAAAAUACAUUAUAUUCGGAACAUGUUCUAUACUAGUGACAAUAAUAACACAAGCAACAAUA